AUGUCGACCUCUAUAUUUCCUUCAAAUGAGCAGCAGCUCUAUGUCGUAGCCCUCUGCGGAAUUAACGAGAAACUUGCACAACUCGGCAGGAUCGACGUCUACUCCUCCCUGUUCGCCGCAAACCAGAACGUUCGACACAGAGCCCUCCACUUUAAGGAAGAGACUUCUUUGUUAAUGGAGAAGACCGCAUCGAUUCAGCCUGACUCCGAAUGGUCCAAGAUUCUGGAGCUGCGCAAUGGAGGUAAGACCAAGGAGCAAGGUGUCCGGAGUGACGGCACAGCGUUCUGGGUCGGCACGAAGAUGGGGACGAAGCAACUCUCCCCCCUCAACCACCUCCCUCCCGCACUUCGGCCACCGAUCUUGGAAGAUCUGAUAAACUGUAAAGUCUCGAAGACUCGGGUACAAUCGAAUGGGCACGAUAUGAGGAAGGAAGUUUUCGUGGUCCUGAAUGUUUGGACGGAAGUCAAGGACACCAACCUGUUCAACGGGGAUCCGCAGGCCGAUCUCGAAGGCGUCUACGAUACAGUGCAGGAAGCAAAUGACAAGGUGAAAGAGGUUGCGAGUGCGUAUGCGGAGAAGAUAAGGCAGCUGUUCGGUAUGUUUGGCUGGCGUGGAGAGGAUGCUGCUCAGCUUUGCAGUUCGAAAUGCACAGAGAGGUCUGAUGGGACCUUAUCCUGGGGCGGAUUGCGAGAGUUUAAGAUGGAUGGCUCGGAUCCUGCUACAGGUGCUGCGCAUGUAUCUGCUUACAAGAGGGUAAUCGACGUGGUACACCCUGAGGAAGAAGAAAUUGGCUUUCAGCACAUCCGCCCCAAAUCCAUUCCAGUAAGAGCCUUCCGACCCCCUCUUGAUGCUGCCGAACUACAAGCAUAUGCACCAUACUCGACACAACUCUUUCUCGUGAGCGCCAUUCCCACAACGAUAGACGAAAAUACAGCAUCAAUUCAAAUCCACGGCCUGUUUAAUACACUCGAAAAAGCAACCCGUAAAAUCGAAGAAGCAAGAGAGAACGUCAGGGGCACGUCCACUCGAAUGCUUGUCCAGAUUGGAGAUGAGAAUACGGGACAAGCUCCAGCUAGCUUACGAAGCGUUCAGUCUGGACAAGAGAUCUUCAUCGUUGCAGAGACGGCAAUGGUUGGAGUCGCCAGACCUGAUACUGGCCCAGAGCCUGGUUUGAAAGUUCACGGUAUUUUCAGUACCUUGAGAGAAGCCAACGAGAAAGUGAAAGAGGUCGGCAUAGCUUAUCAAAAGUGGCACGACGACAUGGCAGAAGUAGCGGAUGCGACUGCUUGGCAUAAUGGAGGGAAAGCUUGCUCGGAUGGGGUUGAUGAGAAGGGAGGGUUCUUUUGGAUCGGUGCGAGGACGAGGACUGAGAUUUGUAGAGUUGGUGUACAUAGGUGCUUAGUUGAUUGA